AACCCGUAUGUCAUCAAUCAAUUCAGAAUGCAACAACCUAACCACAGCAUCACUAAAAUUGCAUCCAGGAAGGCACCAAAAACAUUGAAGCGGCAAAAAUGCUUACCUACUUAGAUAUCUAAGCCAGGCCUUUUCUUGUCUUCUUUCUCCAAAGAAUCUGACAACAUAAACAAAGUUAAGAGUCUCUCUCGAUAACCUUCAAACACCUUUUUCUACAUGUUUUGUGCAUAAAUGGCAUCAUCCCUUUUCUCCAGAACUCUCUUGGGUAACCGCUUGAUUCGAUUCUCAUUUUCUCCCCCACACAAACCCUUGAUCUUCUCAUCUCUUUUCAAUAAGAGACAGUUUUGUGUACAGGCUGAGCCUACCUAUACGACAUAUAAAACAUCUGGUCGGUUUUCUCGUUUUAUGGCUUCCUCAGCAAUUGAGACGAGAACUAAUUUUUCGACACAAUAUCCUUCCACUGAUGAUCCAGUCAUUUCUGUUGAUUGGCUUCAUGCUAAUCUCAGGGAGCCUGAUAUGAAGGUACUGGAUGCAUCUUGGUACAUGCCAGAUGAGCAAAGGAAUCCAAUUCAAGAGUAUCAGGUUGCUCACAUUCCUGGUGCUCUUUUCUUUGAUGUUGAUGGAAUAGUGGAUCGAACUACAAAGUUGCCACAUAUGCUGCCAUCUGAGGAAGCUUUUGCGGCUGCUGUGUCUGCUCUUGGCAUCCAGAAUAAUGAUGGACUGGUUGUUUAUGAUGGGAAGGGAAUUUUCAGUGCAGCACGUGUUUGGUGUCCAUUGAUAAUUGAAAGGAUGUUCCGAGUCUUUGGGCAUGACAGAAUCUGGGUAUUGGAUGGAGGCCUCCCAAGGUGGCGUGCAUCAGGAUAUGAUGUUGAAUCUAGUGCUUCUAGCGAUGCUAUUUUGAAAGCCAGUGCUGCCAGUGAGGCAAUUGAGAAAGUCUAUCAGGGACAAACAGCUGGACCAGUCACAUUUCAUACAAAAUUUCAGCCACAUCUUGUCUGGACACUCGAUCAGGUUAGAAGAAACAUUGAGGAAAAGACUCACCAACAUAUAGAUGCUCGUUCCAAGCCCAGAUUUGAUGGUGCUGCACCAGAACCUCGUAAAGGAAUCAGAAGUGGCCAUGUACCUGGCAGCAAGUGUAUUCCUUUUCCACAGAUGUUGGAUGCUUCACAGACACUUUUAGCUGCUGAUGAGCUUAAGAAACGAUUUGAUGAGGAGGGCAUCUCAUUGGAACGCCCUAUUGUAACUUCUUGCGGCACUGGUGUAACUGCUUGUAUUCUGGCAUUGGGCCUCCGUCGACUUGGGACGCCUGAUGUUGCUGUGUAUGAUGGAUCUUGGACUGAAUGGGGUGCACAAUCUGAUACACCUGUCGACACUUCAUCAUAAAUCUUAAUGCAAACCUGUCAAAAAGUUCAGAAGAAACAGCUUGCAAUUGGCCAGUUUCAGUACUCAGAUUGUGACGAAAAGGGUUUUUGUAUCUAGAAAGGUCGAGUAUCAUUCAUCAUUUUCGAGUUCCAAUAUGCACCUGUGUGGUAACUACAGAUCCACCCUUUCUGUACGAAAACAGAAAUGUUGAAUUCUAAUUGUGUCAAUGAUGUUUAUGAAACAUGUCUGCUUUUGGACAAUACAAAGGAUUGUGAUUGUUCCAAUCACUUUUUUGGAAGCAGAAAUUGGUAGGAAAUUAAGGGGUGAUGGUCAGUGUCAAACUAUCGUAUUGAUCAAAGAUAAAUAAACAAGCAACAGCGUAAAUUUCUUUGCAAUUCAUUGUUGAUUUUGUACACUUGAGCUAAGAAGAGUUCCGCACUUUCGGCAUGUGAUAAAUGGAGUAGGCGUUGUGAGGUGAAGCCUUCUAAGCAUUUUCCUAGGGGUUCUAUUUUCCCUUCUUUUACUUUAACAAGCCUCUAGCAUUAACAAUUUUCGUGAGCCUUAUGUUCUUUUAAUUUGUUUUAAAAGGUA